GCAGAGUUUCCACCCCUGGGCGCCCCGUAUAUAUUGAGCUCAUCGUGCCAUCACAAACACACUGGCACAGACAGGUACUGCUUCAUCCUUGCCGAUCCAUUCACUAUGGCCACAGAUCACCAGAACCCCGCAUCCAAGCAGCAGCAGCCAGGCACCAGUGCGUUUAAGCUGGUUAUCUAUGAGCAGGAAAACUUCCAGGGACGCUGCCAUGAGCUGACUGGUCCCUGUAACAACCUCCAGGAAGCAGGCGUGGAGAAAGUGGGCUCCAUACUGGUGCUUUGUGGACCAUGGGUGGGAUACGAGCAGCCUAACUGUAAGGGGGAGCAGUAUGUGUUUGAGAAGGGGGAGUAUCCUCGCUGGGAUUCCUGGACCAACAGCAGGCGCAGUGACACCAUUGUUGCAUUCCGCCCAAUUAAAGUGGACAGCCAGGAGCACAAGAUUGUCCUUUACGAAAACCCCAGCUUUGCAGGGAAGAAGAUAGAAAUCAUAGAUGACGAUGUCCCCAGCUUCCACGCACACGGCUACCAGGAGAAGGUCUCCUCUGUUAGGGUUCAGAGUGGCACUUGGGUGGGCUACCAGUAUCCAGGCUACAGAGGUUAUCAGUACCUGUUUGAAAAGGGCGAGUAUAAGGACAGCGCUGAGUUUGGAGCCCAGAUUCCUCAGAUCCAGUCGGUUCGGCGCAUCAGAGACAUGCAGUGGCAUCAGAGGGGUGCUUUUCACCCCGUCAACUAA